AUGGAUUUUGAUGAAGUUUUAAUACAAUUUGGUGAAUAUGGUAUGUAUCAAAAGCAAUUGAUAUGGACAAUUGUACUUCCAUGUGUUUUACCAUGUGGUUUUCACGCUUACAAUCAAUUAUUUAUGGCUGCUAUUCCUGAACAUUGGUGUAGAGAAGAAUAGUAAGAAAAUAAAAUUUACACACUUUUUUAGAAUAUAAUAUUAUGCUUUAUUUUCAGCUUCUCUAAUUAUACUAAUGCAAACAAUAUUCAUAAUCAGUGUUGGGAUUUAGUGAAUAAUACUUGCAAAAAUUGGGAUUAUGAUCAUAGCCGAUAUGUAUCUACAAUUGUAACUGAAGUAAAUUUUAAUAUUCUUUUUAUGUUUUAAUACAAUUUAAAUCAAAGGUUAUUUAUAAAUUAUUAUAUUAUGAUUACUGAUUAAUUAAUAAAUAUUAUAAAAGUAAUUCAAUAACCCAUUCAAUAUACCCAUACUAAAAUAAAUAAUAAUAAAAAAAAAAAAAACAAUUUUUUUUAACUAUGAAUUAUUAUCUAUGAACACAAGCUUAUUUAAAUGUUCAAGCUUACAUAAAUUGACAACUAUUAUUUAGCAUUUUAGACUAUAUCCCUCACAUUUUAUAGCCCAAAUAGCGAAAAAUUAAAAUUAGUUUUAUUUUAGUCUUACAAUUUUUAUUAAAUUUAAUCAAAUCAAUUUUUAAAAAAAUACUAUUUAUACAACUUGUAUUUGCUAAGUAAAUGUGUAAUUUAAUUUAACUUGUUUAAACAUAAUUUUUAAUAAAUCCAUUUCCUUAACUAUUGUUGUACAUUAAAUUAUUUUUGAAUAGUCUAUAGUUACAUCCUAAUUAAAAGACCCCCUUUUUUUAAACAAAACAUGUUUAAUUCUUUUGAAAGUCGAUCACUAGUUUUGAUUAUUAGUUUUAAUCAGCAUUGUUUGUACCUACCAUUUUACCUAAGGUAAAAUUAAUAUUAAUUAAAAGUUUUGAAGUUUAAAAUAUUCAAAAAAAGAAACCUACCACUUACUAUUUUUCUUUCUCUUAAGGCAUCUAAGUCAUAAUUAUAUUUAUUAAGUCCAUUAUUUACCUCCAAGAAAAUAUUGACACCCAAUCAAAACAUGGGUAUUUUUUCUAUUACCAGAUAUUCUUGAUUUAUAGGUCUAGAGCCGAAGUAGUGGGGAAAAUAGGAAAUCUGUGGUCAUCAUGAAAAUAAUAUCAAUAGUCAGAAUUUUCAUAAUGAAUAUGUACCUUGUAUAUUAUAAUUAUGAUAAUAUUAUAUAGUACAGUGAUCUUCAAAUGGUGGGUCGUGACCCAAUUUUGGGCCGUAAUAAGUUUUCUUCUUAAAAUAAAAAUUAAGUUUAUACAAUUAUAUAAGGUACACAAAUUUUUGUAGUAUAUUAUGUAUAAACAAUAUUAUAUAAUUUAUAUUUUAACGGACAUCAGAUCACAGUUAAAUUUCAUAUACUAAUAUAAUUCUUCAUAGUAUGACAUUGACUAAAUAAUUUACGAGUAAACCGGGCUAGUAAAACAAUUAAUAUAUUAUAUUGUUAUUCGUUAAAGAAUCCUACAUACAUUAUCGAUGUUGUUGCUGUGUUUAAAGACUCAAUAUUAUAAAUGUUUUCACGGUAUUAUUCUAGUCAUAUUUACGAAUCAGUUGAAACAAUUUUUUUCGUUUAUUUUGUCAGCAAUGUAAUUUUUAUUUAUUUAGUUAUAAUAGUACUAAUACAAAGUAUUAAGUAAUUUUAGAUUGUUUUUUGUUUUUCUACAAACGUUUUUCUUUAGGUGUGCGAUCGGUUUUGUGUGGGUCGCGAAAAAUAUAUGCCUAAAAAUGUGGGUCGUGAGUCCAAAAAGGUUGAAGACCAUUGAUAUAGAACAAUAUUAGUUUGUAGACAUAUUAUGUUAAUGACAUAAUUUCAGUAAAAUCAUUAAAAUAAAUCUGAAUCAAUAAAGACCAAUUAAAUAAACUUAUUUUCAGUUUCAAAAUGUUUUUGUUAAAAAUGAAAGUAGAUUUUCAAACAUAAGAAACCGUUGAUUCCAAUUUUCAAGUUGAAUUGAUAUCUAAAAUCGAAAAUAUAACAAUCAAAUUUUUGAUACAUUAAUAAAUUUAAUAGCAGACAAUUUCAAAUCUUGUCACAGAAUACGUACGUAUAAUAGCACUUUUUAGACGUGGUAAAAUUUUAAAAACAUUCUGGUGAUUUUUAACUAUUUAUAAUCAUUUGAAAUUUUCAUUUAUUUUUUUCUAUUUGCAAUAUCAUUUGAAAUAAUUUUUGCACUAGAUUUUUUUUUAUUAUUAUUCAUCAUAAAUGUUAUUGGAAGUGCAAUUUUUUAUGGCAGAUUUUCCCUCUCCCUCAUCAGAUUUUGCUGACCCGGCAUGAGGAUCAUUUUUAUUGAAAUCGAUGAAAUAUAAUUUUUAAAUUAAUAUUAUUUUAUAAUCGAUUAUAACUUAUUAAACAAAAUACACUUACAAUACCUAAUCAUGUUAGCUGUAUACAAGUAAAUGGCGUUAAUCGAUUUGAAGGUGACAUUUUUUGAAUUACGGUUGCGUGUAGUUAUUUGAUGCUUUUAAUUGUGAUGGAUUAAAACUACUGACGAUGUUGAUAUAAAAGAGAAUGCGAGAUAUGUACUAUACUCCCCAACAUCUUGGGAGUUUACUAACAUUUUAUCUAUUUAUCUUUCAUACACGCAGUAAAGAAGGUAUUAUAUAAAAGUCUACGCUGACAAAGUCCGGGUAAUUGGUAUGAUAACAUAAUAAUAUAGGUACCUGAAUGGGUUCCCGUUCGCCCACUAGGUGCAGUGGAUUAGCUUUACUAUCUCGCGCCAGUCCCACAGCCACCACGUUUCAGCCGAAUUAGGCUCCUCAACCUUGGGGGCACUAAGUCCGGAGUGACCAGGUCGAUCCAGCGUGAAGUGGGGCUCCCCCACUCGUGGUACCGACUAGGUUUUAAGUUGACGCCGGUGGGUCGUUUCGAGACUACGUCUCUCCCACUAUUUUGGCUCCCCAGACGGCUAGUGGUGGGCCUAAAAAAAAUAACGGCCAGUGGUAAUAGUGUGUAUAAUAGUAAAAAUUGUAUUUCUUGUUAAAAUGAGUUUCAUGUCGAAAUAUCCUAUGAGUAAUUUUACAAAAAAUAUUAUAGUAACAUUAAUUAUAAAUACUACUAAUACUUACCUAUUCAGAUACAUACCAUAAUCAAAGGUGUUAGUUAGAUACUGGAGGUCCUGUUAGGUACUGGAGGUAUUUUACGUGCAUUUAAGAACACGAACAUACAUGUUUUUAUGGAAACGGUAUUAAUAAAGUGCGUGUUAUUAAAAUACACGUAUACACGUAUAUUUAGAGUCAGUGUACCCGUAUUCUGAAUAAUAUUAAAAAAGCAUUAAAUAAUUAUAAUAAUAAUAAUUUUAUUUAAUAUUAUUUAAACUUCGAUGUUUACUAAAGUAAAUUUUCACAUCUGAUAGAAUUUUAAUACACAGAUGAUAGAUGAACUUUUAAUACAUGUGCACACGAACUUCAAAAAUACAUGUAUAUUAAUACAACCUGCAGAUAUUAAACCGAGAGCCUUAGACUACAAUACAUACCCAUUUGGAAAUGUGUGUUAAACAUAUUAGAAUAUAAGAAUAUACAAUGGACAUCUUCCAUGGCUUGUCGCUUUGUCAAUGUGAACUUAGCCUAAUGGGAAUGUUUUGAUGAAUAUUUGAGUUUCUUACUUAGAGCCCUCACAAGAGAAGGGUUAGCUGAAUCAGUACAGGGGCCCGGGCUACAGUUAUAAUUAAUUAAGAAAAUAUGUAAAUGGUGCGAAGAAGAAACACAUCAUGGUUAAAUAGAUUUUUUCUAUAAUAAUAUAAGUACUAGGUAGUAUUAACUAAAAUAUUGAAUAUUUAAAUGAUUCUGAUAUCCCUUAGGUAUUAAGUUGUAACCAACUCUUAAUGGUACUAUUGUUAUUACAAAUUAAAUAGAUUAGUUAUGAUACUAUAGAAGUAUUAGGUGUAUAAAUAUAUUAUUACUAUUAUUAUUUAUUACUUGUUCAGAUUUUUAAGCAUUACAAAUUACAAUUAUUUCAAUGCAUUUGUAUAAUCUAAAUACAGGUAUUAAGAAUACAAUAUAGACUUUAUAACUAUUUUUUUUCAGUGGAACUUAGUUUGUUCAAAACAAUUUUAUCCAACAUUUGCUUUAACAGUAUUUGGUCUCAGUGGUUUAUUUGGUAUGUUAUUAUUUGGAUUUAUUCAAGAUGGGUUAGUGAGUUAUAAUACUUUUAUACUUUAAUAUAAUCAGACAAAUAAACAAUUAAAUGAUUAAUUAGUAUGUAUUUAUAUUGAACUACCUAUAGACUUGGUAGACGGCCAGCGUUUUUCAUAUAUCUAUUUAUUGAAUGUUUAUUUGGUAUUGCUACUGCAUUUGCUAAGGACUUUUGGAUGUGGUUAUUCUUCAGAAUCGGAGUCGGAUUUACCGUACCAGCAAUUAUAACAACUCCUAAUGUGCUCCGUAAGAUGAAUAUAUAAUUAAUUGUUAAAAAUAUAUAAAAAUAUAAUUAUUUAAACAGCUAUAGAGUUUGUCGGCCCUACUUACCGAACUACUUGUAUUCUACUUACUAAUAUUGCUCAUUCUGUUGGUAUGGUUAUAUUGUCAUUAGUCUUAUAUGCUUUCCGUGAUUGGCGUCAGCUUGCUUUAGCAACGUCAGUACCAUUUACGGUAUAUUUUUUUUACUGGUGGUAAGUAUAAAAUUAAAAUUAAUUUAAUUAGUAUAUAUAGUAUUUAUUUUCAAAUUAAUAAAUAGGCAUUUUCCUGAAUCUCCAAGAUGGCUUUUGGCAUGUGGAAAAUUUGAUAAAGCCAAAACAGUUUUAUUAAAAAUGGCAAAAGUAAAUGGUAAACAUAUUUCACCUGAUUAUAUGGAUCAAUUAAAGGUAUGUAAUAUAUAUAUAUAUAUAUAUAUAUAUAUAUAUAUAUAUAUAUAUUUGAAUAUAGAAUAAACUUAAUAUUUUUAAGAAAAAAAUGAUUUUUAAAAUUUUUUUUAUAAAGUUAAAAUACGAUGAAGAAUUGAACAAACGAAAAAGUAAAACAAUCAAGAAAUAUAAUGUGUUUCAUUUAUUCAAAACUCCAAAUUUACGGUUCAAAACAAUAACAAUAACUUUUAUUUGGUACUUAUAAAUUUAAAUAAUUUUAUCUUAACUUUAGUAAAAACUUAAUUAGUUGUGUACUGUUUACCGUUUUAAGGUUUGUUAAUACAACUGUUUAUGUUGGACUUUCUUAUUAUGCACCAGCCCUAAGUAAUGAUGAACAUUUAAACUUUUUUUUGGCUGGAGCUGUUGAAUUACCAACAUACUUAGUAUUAUGGCCUGCGAUGGAAAAAUUUGGCAGGAAAAGUAUACUUCAUAUAAGUAUGUUGAUUGGAGGAUUUGCCUGCUUAGCUGCUACAUGCCAUCUUCUAAGUUUGUUAUCAUAUUAGUCAUUUAUAGAAAGUUUAUAAUUUAUUGACAAUAUUUUGUAGAUGAUCAAUGGACAUUGAUAAUGUUUUGUAUUGGAAAAAUGGGAAUUUCGUCAUCGUAUGUUGUUCUUUCUUUAUUUGCCCCAGAAUUAUAUCCAACUGUAGUUAGAGGUUUGGGUAUAAGUGUUAGUUCAGUAGCUGGUAUGAUUGGACCUGUUGGUCUUCCAAUUAUUAAUUAUGUGGUAAUAAUAUAUUUGUACUAAUAAAAUUAUGCAAGUAUAGUAAACAAGGAAUCUAUUAAAUUUAAUACUUCAUCUUGUUAACUAGGGAACAGGUUCUCAGUUAUCACUUAUUGUUAUGGGCAUUCUUCAAAUAACUGGUGGUUUUGUUACACUACUUUUACCAGAAACAAAAAAUUGUCAUUUGCCACAAACAUUAAAUGAUGGAGAAGAGUACAAGUAA